GUGAUGUCACGAUCUCAGGAAGGUUCGCUAUCAAACAGAAGGAAGAGAGUUUUUUCGGACUUCUAAAAAAACUUCGGUAUUUUAGAACUAUGGAGGACGAGAUGAUUGAUUACGGCUUCGAAGAAGAUAGUGUUAUGGUUAUCGAUGGCGACGAGGAAAAGUCCAGUGAGAAGGAGAGCGAAAGAAGCCGAGAACUUUUCAUUCAACAAAGUGAAGCUUGUGCCAAGCAUUUUGAGAAAUGGUCAGAAACCCAACAAGUCGAAUUUGUAGAAUAUCUGCUCUCCAAAAUGUGCCAUUACCAACACGGACAUAUCAAUUCGUAUCUAAAGCCCAUGUUGCAAAGAGAUUUUAUAACUGCUUUACCUGCUAAAGGUUUGGACCAUAUAGCUGAAAAUAUCCUGUCCUUUUUGGAUGCCACUUCCUUGUGUGCUGCAGAAAGAGUUUGCAAGGAAUGGAACAGAGUAAUUUCAGAUGGAAUGCUGUGGAAAAAGCUCAUUGAAAGAAAAGUCCGAACAGAUCCUUUGUGGAGAGGAUUAUCAGAAAGAAGAGGAUGGGGCCAGUAUUUAUUCAAAGCUCAAGUACCAGACCCCCCUACCAAUGCUUUCUUUAGGAGACUGUAUCCUAGAAUAAUAGAGGACCUUGAGACAAUUGACACAAAUUGGCGUUGUGGUCGCCAUGUUCUUCAUCGCAUCCUCUGCCACAGUGAGAAUAGCAAAGGAGUCUACUGCUUGCAGUAUGAUGACCAGAAAAUAGUUAGUGGACUUAGAGAUAACACAAUUAAGGUAUCACUGCUCAUGCGUAAUAGAAUUUUUCGUGAUGUCACGAUCUCAGGAAGGUUCGCUAUCAAACAGAAGGAAGAGAGUUUUUUCGGACUUCUAAAAAAACUUCGGUAUUUUAGAACUAUGGAGGACGAGAUGAUUGAUUACGGCUUCGAAGAAGAUAGUGUUAUGGUUAUCGAUGGCGACGAGGAAAAGUCCAGUGAGAAGGAGAGCGAAAGAAGCCGAGAACUUUUCAUUCAACAAAGUGAAGCUUGUGCCAAGCAUUUUGAGAAAUGGUCAGAAACCCAACAAGUCGAAUUUGUAGAAUAUCUGCUCUCCAAAAUGUGCCAUUACCAACACGGACAUAUCAAUUCGUAUCUAAAGCCCAUGUUGCAAAGAGAUUUUAUAACUGCUUUACCUGCUAAAGGUUUGGACCAUAUAGCUGAAAAUAUCCUGUCCUUUUUGGAUGCCACUUCCUUGUGUGCUGCAGAAAGAGUUUGCAAGGAAUGGAACAGAGUAAUUUCAGAUGGAAUGCUGUGGAAAAAGCUCAUUGAAAGAAAAGUCCGAACAGAUCCUUUGUGGAGAGGAUUAUCAGAAAGAAGAGGAUGGGGCCAGUAUUUAUUCAAAGCUCAAGUACCAGACCCCCCUACCAAUGCUUUCUUUAGGAGACUGUAUCCUAGAAUAAUAGAGGACCUUGAGACAAUUGACACAAAUUGGCGUUGUGGUCGCCAUGUUCUUCAUCGCAUCCUCUGCCACAGUGAGAAUAGCAAAGGAGUCUACUGCUUGCAGUAUGAUGACCAGAAAAUAGUUAGUGGACUUAGAGAUAACACAAUUAAGAUAUGGGACAAAAACACUUUAGAAUGUGUGAAAGUGUUAACAGGCCACACUGGAUCUGUUUUGUGUCUUCAAUAUGAUGAGAAUGUUACAGUGACUGGUUCAAGUGAUUCCACAGUCAGAGUAUGGAAUGUCCAUACUGGCGAAAUGUUGAACACAUUGAUCCAUCAUUGUGAGGCUGUGCUUCAUCUAAGAUUUCAGGAAGGAAUGAUGGUGACCUGUUCAAAGGAUCGAUCCAUAGCUGUGUGGGAUAUGCAGUCGCCUACUGACAUAAACCUGAGGAGAGUACUGGUUGGACACAGAGCUGCUGUUAAUGUAGUGGACUUUGAUGACAAGUACAUUGUGUCUGCAUCUGGAGACAGAACUAUAAAGGUGUGGAGCACGUCCACUUGUGAGUUUGUCAGAACCCUGAAUGGACACAAGCGUGGAAUAGCUUGUUUACAGUAUCGGGAUCGUUUGGUUGUUAGUGGUUCUUCAGAUAAUACUAUAAGAUUAUGGGACAUUGAAUGUGGAGCAUGUCUUAGAGUCUUAGAAGGCCAUGAGGAAUUAGUCAGGUGUAUUCGCUUUGACAACAAAAGGAUAGUUAGUGGAGCUUAUGAUGGGAAAAUCAAAGUGUGGGAUCUUCAAGCUGCUUUAGAUCCAAGAGCUCCAGCAGGGACGCUGUGCCUUAGAACUCUUGUGGAACACAAUGGCAGAGUUUUCAGGCUGCAGUUUGAUGAUUUUCAGAUAGUGAGCAGUUCCCAUGAUGACACAAUUCUCAUGUGGGAUUUCCUUAAUUACUCGCCGGACCAGAAUGGAAAGGGAACAGUCACCACCUUAAGAUGACCUGUUUUAUAGUCAAGUCUUAGUCUUCUGUUUAUUGUAUCUUUGUACAAAAAAGUCUCUUGAGGUUAAGAUAGCUGUAUAUACUUUAUUUGUUGGUGUAAGGUAGUAAAUCACAUGGCAUCUGAGUGCUUGUAGAUACUUAAGUAAUACAGAAAGUUUACUAUUUUCCAGGAUAAAGCCAUGAAGGGGUAAUGUUAGCCCACAUAACGGUGGUUAAGCUUGCAGCUGUUAUAUUAUGUUAAACAUUUAGGUCACUAUUACAAUUAGGGGAACAAGGCCUGUAGAGCUAGACAAUAAUGGCAAAUUUGUGUUACGUGCCAAAAAUAGCAACAACAUGCCAAAAGUUGUUGCUGUGCAACUUGGGUUAUUUGGCAACCGCUUACUACUUCAGGCAUUGUGUAAAAUGACGUGAUUAAAAUCUCCCCAACAGAAUUCCAUGCACCCCAGUCAUUCACCUUUAAGGACCUCCAUAAGCCAUCUACCUCUAUCAGAUAAGAUAUAGUGACUCUCUAAAACUGAUAUUUUCUACUUUGUGGAAAUAAUACAUGGAUCCAAAGACUUGAAACUCUUUACACAAUCAUAAAGUGAGACUUUGUUUCUGUAGCAGGCAAGUGGCAUUUUACAGUUGCCUGUGAAAAAACUCUAUUUAAUUGUAGCAACUUGAUUUGUCUGACCAAAUGAUCCUAGGUUUCCUCACUAUGUUUUGAUUAAUUUUUCUUAUUCUUCUACAACAACUUAGUUGAAAGAUAAAACUCUUGGUAUGUACACCACUGUUAAUGUUGGUUGAUUUACUAUAGGUGCCCAACACAUUGUGUUACAUUUGAAUGCUGGCUUGGGGCUUUACACUGAUUACCAGCAACUCGGGCGAAGCAAUGUGAUAUGAGGGUCAUUGCUGUUCAUGGGUGACUUCUUCACCCUCUUCAAAAAAGAGUUUCCUUGCUUGACAGAUUUUUGUCAAAACUUUGAUUCUGCUAGGCUCACCUCUGCCUUGUUUACUGCUAAUACAAAAUAAAGAUUAAUGAAGCAAAUAAUUUAAAUUAUGCUUGUACUUGUAAAACAAGAGUUUUUGUGGCAUUAAGUAAUUAUAUGGAGUCACUGCUCUACAAAUUGGCCAUAAAUUAAAGACAUUUCCUUCUGUUGGUAGACUGAAACUUCCAGCAUUUCUGAGAAUUCCUAAUAGUAAUGGUCUUUGCUCCAGUACUUUUACUUUUACAGUCAUAAACAGAAAUUUCAGGGGGUGGUUGUGAGCUUUUCUGAGGAGGGAUGGGGCAUUUCUUUGUUUUCUCAUUACUGAUGUAAAAAAAAAAGCAAAAACUUGAGAACUAGUUCAUGUAAUUAAUUAGGCUGUACAGUUUCAUCGAGAACCAAUAAUAAAAAUUGCAGUUUGCUAAUGUUUUGUGCA